AUGAGCGACGGCCAGAUCCUGCGCACGGGCGUGCUGUUCAAGAAGGGUUCGGGCACGGGCCCGUUCGGCCGCAAGAACUGGAAGCCGCGCUACUUCGUGCUGACGCCCGCGCGCCUGCAGUACUUCACGUUCGAGGACGGCGAGCUCAAGGGCGAGCUGAGCCUGCAGGGCUGCGACGAGGGCGUGCUGGAGGUCAUGCCCGCCGACAGCAUGAAGACCGGCAGCAGCGCCUCCACCAUCUGGCGCAUCGCCAUCAACGCGCCUGAGCGGCGCCUGCUCGUGGCCGCCGGCACGGAGAUGGAGAUGAACGACUGGGUGGACAAGCUCGUGCUGGCCUUCCGCAUCAACUCGGGCCAGCCCAUGCAGCGCGCGUCCAUGCCCGCGCCCGCCUCCGACAACAACAUCGCCCACGACGGCCGCGCGGCCGCCGCCUCCAUCCCCAGCGUCAACAGCAACCCGAGCAUCCGCGACUUCCAGAACUUCUCGGUGCCGCGCCGCGGCAUCAACCAGCGCCACAGCGUGGGCGCGGACGUGCGGCCCUCAGCGGAGGAGCACGAGCUGCAGAUCGCCCAGGCGGAGAGCAUGAAGCAGCAGCAGCUCGAGGAGCAGCGCAGAGCAGAGCAGGACGCCGAGAUGCGCAGGCAGUUGGCGGCCCAGCAGCAGCGAGAGCAGGAGGAGGAGCUGGCCAGGCAACAAGAGGAGGCGGCGCAUGAGGCCGCGCUCGCCGCGGCCGAGGAGCUGCAGCUCCAGGAGGAGCAGGAGAAGCGUGCGCAGAGAGAGCGCGAGAUGCAGAGGCAGAAGGAGCUUGAGAUGCAGCAGGCCAUGGAGCUGCAGCGCGCGCGGGAGGCCGAGGAAGCCGCACGGCUCCAGCAAGAGCAGGAACAGGAGGCGAUCCGGAACUCGCGGCUCGCGCACGAGCUGGCCGUGCAAGAGAAGCUCAAGCCGCAGCAGGGCGAGGAUCUGCUGGAGCUGCAGCGGCGUCAGAAACGCGAGGAGCACGCGCGCGAGCGUGCCGAGCGCGAGAAGGCGCUCAGGCUCAGGAUGCAGCAGGAGCAGGAGGAUCUCGCGUUCCGCAUGACUCAACAGAUGAACUCGCACUUCAGCGUGGACGACGAGUCGGACGACAGCGACUACGAGCCGGAAGCCUCGCCCUCCUCGCCCCUGAUCGAGUCUGGCAGCUUGGACGCGUCUGCUCACGCUCCGGCCACCGCGCCGCGCUCGUCUCUGGUCGGCGACGCGAAGCGUGAGAUGAUCCAGAAGCAGCAGCAGGAGCACCAGCGGCGCCGCGAGGCCGCGCUCAAGCAGGAGCAGCGCGAGCGUGACGCCGAGUGGCGCCAGCAGCAGGUAGAGAUGGAGCAGCAGCGCGCCAAGAUGGCGGCCUUGAACGUGCGCGAGGCCCCGCGAGAGGUGGAAGUGGCCCCGCGCGAGAUCGAGGUGGUGCGGCGGGCGCCCGUGAAGAAACCGACCCCCAUGGAGAGCUUCGAGUUUUGAGGAGGCUACCACGUACUACACAGAGUAUUGACAGACGCAUGGCGUGGAUUAAGGUAAUUGAAGGGGAAGGAAGGAAGGCAAGUAGGCUAUGUCGUUGAACACAGAUCGUUAGGUAUGAACCACACC